GGCUACUACGAAAUGGCGGGAACGUCCGAAGAUGUCGACUCCUCUCCAUGCGACCUGAAACUGACCUUGCUCGAGCUUCGCCUGAGCGCCGGUCUGUCCAAGAUCGAAGCGAGUCGAAGGCUAGCGAGUGCGUGCCAUCAUGCGGCGCCCGCCGAGCUCGAAGCGAGCGCGCUCCCGGAGAAUCCGCCACGCCUGAGCCUGGGCUGUCCCGUGCUGGACGAAUACCUCGACGGAGGAGCGAGCAGCCGGGGUUUGAUCGAGCUUUGCGGCGAAAGCGGCAGCGGCAAGACGCAGCUGUGCCUCCAAACGGCCCUGGCAGCAGCCGCCGCCAGCGAAGACGCGCACGUCCUGUACAUAUGCACCGAGGAGAGGUUUCCCGAGAAACGUCUGCGCCAGAUGGACCCCGGCGAAGAGCGAGGGGACCGCGUUCUUGUGGCGCAGCUGGGAGAGUGGCCCAUGCUCGUUCAGUGCUUGGAAAGCUCGCUGCCCGCGUUGCGCCGGACGAGGCGCGUGACACUUUUGGUGAUAGACUCGGUCGCCGCGCUGCUGCGGGCCGACCCGGAGCGCGCCGAAGGCGUCAGACGGCUGGGUGCCCUCCUGGACUCUCUGUGGCGGUCGGGUAUUGCGGUGCUGUGCGUCAACCAGGUGACCGACGUGCCCGGAGGUCGCACGGCGCCCAGCCUAGGGCCCGGGUGGGCGAACCUGGUCACCACCCGCCUCCUCACGGCCAGGUCGACGUCGGGAGUCCGAUACCUGCGCGUCGCCUUCGCCCCUUGCACGGCGCCGAAGGAGCGGCCGUGCAAAUUUGUCGUCACCGAAGCUGGUGUGAGGGGAGUUGCCGGCAGUUAAUCGUCUGCGCGGGUGUCGACUCUUAUACUGCGGGACCAGUUCGACGGCCUGCGAGCUAGGAAAGUGCAAGUGUACGUCUUUUUCUACGUCGGUUCGUGACGUUAGUAUAGGUAACAGCUCGUCAGAUGACGUAUGUGGAGAGCAAAGUAGGUUAAAAGCCUUAGCAUACCAUUUCUAAUGAAUGCUGCCAUAGCCUCCUCUAUACCUAGGUAUAGAGGAAGCUAUGGCUGCGAAUGGAAAACACAAAGUAUAGAAGAGGCUGUUAUGCUGCGAAUGGAAAACACUAUAGUGC